CUGAGCUCGGCAGCCGGCGGGGCUGCGUGGGGCUGGUUCGGGGCGAGCGAGCACUGCUGGAAACAAGCGGCUCUGGUUUGACAAGGUGGAUCUGUACUUCAGACUCUUUCUGUUUGAGGCUCUCCUGUCCAGCUGCAGUGAUGUGGCUGUUGGAGAAGAUCAGAGCAUCACAUGAAAAUGGAAGCAUCCCUAGCUCCUCCUUCCUGGGACUGCCAUCUGGCCAGAAUCUGCCAGAGAAAUCCCAUCUGGGGGCUGCUGCUUUUCCCAAUGUGCUCACUCCUGACAGAAUCCCUGAGUUCUGCAUUCCCCCCAGGCUGACCAGUUCUGGCCCUAUGAAGGGCACUGGCUUCCGCCAGGACCAUACUUCAGAGGAUGCAGAUACUCAUUCUUUCGGCUCCAGCUCCAGCUCUUUACCACAUCUCAUUCAGGUGGAAAGUGCUGAAGAGAUCCCAGACCUGGAGGAGGAAAGCACCAACUCUGACCCCCAGUCCCAAGCAGCACUCUCCCUGCCUCACUUUCCCAGAGCUCCCACUUCCUACGGCUUCUGUACUUUGCUGGAGAGUCCCCACACCAGGAGGAAGGAGUCCAUCUUCCAUGGUGACCCACGUACUGCUCUGCCCAGCCUGAUGCUGCCUCGAUCCAGAGCUAACACACUCUCUAGCAAAGGGAGUAUGUCUAAUCCCAUUGCUAUCAGCUUUGCCUCUGUGAGGCUCCCUCCCAGGCAUCCCUCUCUGCACAGGCAAGGUGCCUGUGACAGUGACACAGCCUCUUCCAGUGACUCCUCUCCUUUCAGCUCUCCCCUUCUCAGCAGGUCACCUCCCAGGUCCUGCUCCCGAAUCAAAACACAAAGUCAGGAGGGAUUGCUGUGCCGAGCACUGAAAGCCAAGAACAAAUCCAGCAUGCCCAGGAACAAUUCCCUCUCCACAGAGGAGAGCAGCUCCACUGAUAACAGCCCCAGUGCCAUCAGGCGGGCCUCAGGGGGGCUGCUCACCACACGGACCUGCAGCAUGUCCUGUUCUCCCAUCUUUCCCCUGGACCUGGGCAGCAGCCGGGAGAGACGAGUGGGAGAGAGCGUGGUGGUGAUGGCCAAGGGGGGCGUGUUGAGGCUAUUGGCUGAAUACUGCUCAGAGAACGAAAGGCUGCGGAUCCGCCUGAUCAGUGCGGAGGGUUUAUAUGAGGACUCUGCAGAGCCCAAAACCAUCAACUGCUGUAUCACCUUCUCCCUGAUGCCAGGGAAAACACAGAAGCAGAGAAGCACUGUUAUAAAGAGAAGCAGAAAUCCCAUCUUCAAUGAGGACUUCUUUUUUGAUGGUAUUGCAGAAGAGCAGCUUUACAGCCGCUCUGUAAGAAUGAAAGCGGUGAAUAAAGGGUGCAAUAUGAAACGGGAUUACACCUUAGGGAAGCAGGAAUUGUCUUUAAUAAGUCUGUUGUCAGUGUAAAACUUCAAACAUUCCAACAGACUAAUCUUGUCUUCUGAAAGUUUUGUACUAAAUAAAGUUUUGGGUUGACUUUCUUA